ACCGGCUGCCCCGCCCCCGGUCUGUGAGGGCGGAAGUGACGUCACCCCGGUGGAGCCAUGGAGCUGAGUGAGCUGCUGUAUAAUAAAUCGGAAUAUAUCGAGACCGCAUCUGGAAAUAAAGUCAGCAGACAGUCUGUGUUGUGUGGCAGUCAGAACAUAGUCCUGAAUGGAAAGACAAUUGUUAUGAAUGACUGUAUCAUCCGAGGGGACCUGGCAAAUGUUCGAGUGGGUCGUCACUGUGUCAUAAAAAGCCGCAGCGUAAUCAGGCCUCCAUUUAAAAAAUUCAGCAAAGGGGUGGCUUUCUUUCCUCUACACAUCGGUGACCAUGUUUUCAUAGAAGAAGACUGUGUGGUUAAUGCAGCUCAGAUCGGAUCCUAUGUCCACAUAGGAAAGAACUGUGUUAUUGGCCGCAGAUGUGUUUUAAAAGACUGCUGCAAAAUCCUGGACAACACCGUCUUACCUCCCGAAACUGUGGUCCCACCAUUCACUGUAUUCGCAGGGUGUCCUGGACUUUUCUCCGGAGAGCUUCCAGAAUGCACUCAGGAACUCAUGAUUGACGUGACCAAAAGUUACUACCAAAAAUUCCUCCCCCUGACGCAGAUCUAGAAGCAGCCUCUCUCAUCCCGAGCACCUUUCCCUUUUUGUUUGUUUUUUGUACAUAAAAGUCCCAUUGGAUCACCCUUUUCCUCUAGCUCACACUAUGUAUUUAUUAACCUUGUUCACUUUUUGACGACCGUUAAGCUUUGUGCGGACCCAACAAGCUCUCACGCAAACAAUAGAGGAUUUACAUAUUGCCAUUCCUGUCACUGCUGUAAAUCCUCCAGGCCAUUCAUUAACAAUGCCUCCCUUCACCUCUGGUCAUUGAGUGAGAUUAUCAUUGUCAUUACAAUAAAUAAUUACAUUCUCUA